AUGAGCUCUUUCGGCGGCCAGAUGGUCGAGUACCCCAACAUCUCCAUCGACCGCUUCGACAGGGAGAACCUGAGGGCCCGCGCCUACUUCCUGUCGCACUGCCACAAGGAUCAUAUGAAAGGAUUAAGAGCGCCUGCCUUGAAGAGAAGGUUGGAGUGCAGCUUGAAGGUUUACUUAUACUGCUCACCGGUUACUAAGGAGUUGUUGCUAACUAGCCCGAAGUACAGAUUUUGGGAGAAGCGAAUUAUAUCAAUUGAAAUUGAAACUCCUACUCAGAUAUCUUUAAUUGAUGAAGCAUCCGGUGAGAAGGAAGAGGUGGUCGUGACCCUUUUACCAGCUGGUCACUGCCCGGGAUCAGUGAUGUUUCUGUUCCAGGGCAGUCAUGGGACCGUCCUGUACACAGGUGACUUCCGACUGGCCAAAGGAGAAGCAGCACGCAUGGAGCUUCUGCACUCGGGGGGCAGAGUGAAAGACAUCCAGAGUGUAUAUCUGGAUACGACAUUCUGUGACCCGAGAUUUUAUCAGAUUCCAAGUCGGGGGGAGUGCCUGAGCGGCAUCGUCAAGCUGGUGGGGAGCUGGAUCACGCGGAGCCCCUCGCACGUCGUGUGGCUCAACUGCAAGGCCGCCUACGGCUACGAGUAUCUGUUCACCAACCUCAGCGAGGAGUUUGGCAUGCAGGUACACGUGGACAAACUCGAUAUGUUCCGGAACAUGCCUGACAUCCUACACCACCUCACCACGGAUCCUGGCACCCAGAUCCAUGCCUGCCGGCACCCGAAGGCGGAGGAGUAUUUCCAGUGGAAUAAACUCCCCUGCAGCAUGACAUCCAGAAAUAAGACCCUUCUUCACACCAUCAGCAUUAAGCCUUCCACCAUGUGGUUUGGAGAAAGGACAAGAAAAACAAAUGUAAUUGUGAGGACUGGCGAGAGUUCCUACAGGGCCUGCUUUUCCUUCCACUCCUCCUACAGUGAGAUUAAAGAUUUCUUGAGCUACAUCUGUCCUGUGAACGUGUUUCCAAAUGUCAUUCCUUUAGGCAGAACUCUGGAUAAUGUGAGAGAAAUCUUGAAGCCAUUAUGCCGAUCUCCACAAAGUAUCACGCCCAAGUACAGGCCACUCGGGAAGCUGAAGAGAGCCAGAACCACCUGCCCAGACUCAGAGGAGGAAGAUGAGCUCUUUGACGAUCUCCUGCCAGUUCCUCUGAGGCACAAGGCUCCGGACCAGCCAGCGCUGCAGCUCGCCGACUUCCCGUUGGCUGCAGCAGCUCCUAAGCAACCCAGGAAGCCGGCUGGCAGGAAGCUGGAAGGACGACCGGAAAGCACAGACAACACGCUGGCCUGUCUCGAGGCGAAUUUUGUUGACUGUGAGGAAUCCAACAGUGAGAGUGAGGAAGAAAUACAAGCGUCCCCCUCACUGCAAGGUGUCCCGUGUCACCCACCAACAGCCGAGCUAGACAUACCACAAUGGGACACCUUCUUUAAGAGAAGUAACGAGACCACAGAGGAUGGGCUGGACCACUGCCCGGCAUCCCCCAAGCCUUUCAGUGACUCGGAUGGGGACUCCACACACAUCUCCUCGCAGAAUUCCUCUCAGUCCACCCACAUCUCCGAGCAGGGAAGCCAAGGUUGGGAUAGCCAGUCCGACACCGUCUUGUUGUCCUCCCAAGAGAGAAACAACACAGAUGCGACAUCCUGGAACAAAGGUGGCCACAGAACCAGAAUCAAAGAGAGUUUUCCUGCCUCUUCCAAGGACGCUACGUUGGACGCAAAAAUCAGAGAGGAGGAUGUAAACAGAGCAGCGAGGGCUGAAGAACUGACAGGUAGUGAUGGGAAAAACCGACCUGAGGAGACACCGGCACUACCGCUCAUUGCUGUUGCUGCAGAUUCACCCAGCUCCUCAGAUUUCGAAAUACCCUCCACCCCGGAGGCCGAGAUUCCCACUCAGGAGCACUUACAGCUCCUCUAUGAGAAGCUGGCCACAGGCCAGAGUGUAGUAGUUGAGAAAAGAAAAAGGUCCCUUGCAGAUACGUGAAAAAAAUUUUUUAGAAACAAUGAAACCCAUAAUAAAUGAAAUGAAAUGGG